AUGCAUAAACAUGGGAAGAGGUUACAUAUGGGAUCGUAAAAUCAAUAAUCUCUAACAUCUCUAAAUUCAAAGAAUGCUAAUUAAGAAACAGAAAAACCACAGGAUCAAUUCGAAAUAGUACAACAGAGUUUUGAGAAUUCAAUGUAAAUGAAUGUGAAAGAUCAUAUUGAUAAGUUAUUUAAUAUCUUAAACAAAAUCAAGGAUGAUUUAAAGGUUAGCAGAGAUGAUAUGAAUAUUAUACGAGAAGAAUUACAUAAAAUGAAAUCUAAUUAAUAUAGAGAAGAGGAUUAAAUCACUAAAGCAUUACUCUCGGAUAUAAAUAAACAAAACGGUGAGUUAAAUAAAUAAAAAAUUGAUACGUAAACAGUUUAUGGAAGUCUAAAUAUGCAAAUCUCAAGUUUAUAUUGCGAUAAAGAUUUUCUGAAUGGAAAUACUACUAAGGUUGAGUUGGAUACCAAUAUGGUGGAGACUCACGUAGGUUUUAGAAGAGUUAUACAUAGUAACUAAAUUAUUAAUUAAUAUUAUUUAACAGAUAUUAAAUUAACAAUGUCUCUAGAAUAACUACAGUGCAUCGAGGAUGAUAGACAAUAUUAUCAAUCAAUAAGUAAAUCGACCAACCAGCAAUCUCACCAAUCAAUAGCCACCUUAUAAUCAGAUCAGUCAAUGGAAUCAUUGGAAAAAUUGGUAUCGCAAGAUAUUGCAAAGGAUUCGAACUUGAAACUUGAAUUGGAUCAAUUUAUUGGGUUGCUAUAGAAAGUGAAGCCAUCAAACUUGAAAAAUGAACUCUCUGUUGUGAUGAGUACGGAGUAAGAGGAAUAUUAUAGUUUUCAAUAAAAGUAGCCUUUGGAUAAAAAGGAGAUAAUGUUUGAAGGAUUUCAGAAAUGCUACUUUGAGGCAAUAAAAUUAAUUGGCAAUUUAAUAAGAGACUCAAAAGAGUAAAAUUAUAUCAUCUCUUAUUUGGAGAAAAUGCAAAUGAUUUAUAUUAUGCAUAUAUAGAGCUAUUAAGGCAUGGAAAAAUCCAUGAAUCUCUUAAAUAGUUUAAAGCAAACUCUAAUUGAUGCUGAUUAAGAAAUCACUUUAUUGCAUAAUCAAACAGCAGAACAACAAUCUAUUCUGUAGAAGAUGCAGUAGCAACUCAAGCAAAAUAUGAGUGAACUCAAUUAAGAACGUUUAAAUUCAUUGGAUCUACAAUAAAAGAAUUAGCAAUUAAAACAUAUGAUAUUGGUAGCCAACAAAUAGUUUGAGUCAUUACAAGAGAAACUACUGUAAACAGAACAGGAAUUGAAUGAGAUUGUUUCAACAUAGAGUCAACAGAUUAAAUAAUUAGUCUAAACCAAUAGAAAUUUGAGAGAGGCUAUUGUGUUUAAUGAGAAGAAAUAAGAAAAUCCAAUUAAAGCUAGUUCUUCUCCAUUAAAUUCACAAAGAAGCACCUGCAAUAGCAAUUAAGAGAAUCAAUACAAUCAACUUAAUAAUUAAAUAACAAUUCAUUCCUAAAGAACUUAAAAUUUAGAUAAAAACAACUCGAACACAUCUCCUUAACAAUCAUAUAGAUGUACAUAAAAUAAAAGGGAAUGGAAUAAAUUUACGAAAGUAUUUAAAUGA